AUGUAUAUAUAUACAAAACAUAUACACAUAAUGAGUCAAAAUACAGACGUGACAAUUUUCAAUGGAAAUGCCAGUGAAAUUUGUAAACUAAUUCUGAUUGGAUUGGAAGGAGUCGGCAAGACAACAUUACUUAAUGAAAGUUGUGGGGUACAUUUUGAUACAAGUGAUGGACGUGCUGGUUGUCUGAUCAAAGAAAACCAAAAAGGUUCAUUCUUCGUCGACGGAUUCUCUCGUCAUUAUGAAUUAAACGAUAUGUUAGGAAUCAAUUACAAAAAUCCCGGCGAAUGGCAGAGAGCACUUCACGGACGGUCAGAAGUGCAUGGUGUGAUUUUUCUGAUCAGUGCGAGUAAUCCUCGUGAUAGUGCACUUGGUGAACUACCUCGAAUUUAUGAAUAUUGCACAAAUUUGACAAUUCCCGUGCUUUUUAUUUAUCGCGAUGGAAUUCUUCGUUUUGCUCCGCAUGUCCGAAUCUAUGCCGAAACGAGAGAAAUUACGAUCGACGAUGAGGAAACCGGUAGUAAAAUAAUCAAGAAUGAAUUUGUUCGUUAUCGAAAUUUGGAUGAAGUGAAAAAGACGAUCGCGACAACUUUUGAAAAUGCUCGUGUGUUACAUCAAUUACUCGAUCCAAUUACCAUUUGCGGACAAGUUAAAGUUCUACGAGAUAAGAACGAAGAACUAGAAAUGAAAAUCAAUGAACUGAACCAAAUGCAUGAGGUGGAAUUAAACAAAAAACAAGAAAUCAUUCAACAACAAAGUAAACGAUACGAUGAACAAAUUGAAAAACUCAAUCGGUCGCUCGAAAACGCUGCAUUGAAUAACAAAACUUUACAAGAAAGACUUGAUACCAUCGUGCAGAAGAAUCAGGAAUCAAUCUUUAAGCUUAGUAACGAUAUUCAAUCAGCAAUUAAUGAAAAUCAACGUCUUCGAAUUUCUCUCGAAGAACUAACGAAAGAAAAUCAAAAUCUUGAAGAAAAACAUUCGAGAUUACUCACAGAGAAGAAACAACUCGAUUUCGAUCUUCACGAUGUUACUCGUGAUCGAGAACAGAUUCAAAAAGUUAAAGCAAAACUCGAACAUGACAUCGCCGAAGUCGAACAGAGCCAACAAAUUCUACUCAAAGAAAAACGUUCAUUAGAAGCUCGAAAAGGAGAUCUCGAAAAUCAUAUCUCUGCAACGCGUUCGCGUCUCGAAGAGCAACUGAAUUUGAUUGUCAGUGUUAUUCACACAACACCAGGUGGAAACAAACGAAUUUAUCCGAAAAAAUACUAUACAAAUGGAAAAUGGAUGUGGCUGCCAGGACGAGCCUACGACGUUAUCGAAAAAUUCGACGAACUUGGUGAAAGUACCAAAGAUGUGAUCUGUUCGCUUAGGAAAGACUUGCAUAAAAUCGAUGCAAGACACGCUGUCGUCGAAGAACAAGAUGACAGUGACGACGAAGAAACGCAAUCUUAG